AUGUACCCAGUUCUAAGAAUACGAAUCCCGGAAUCGAAAUCGAGAUGGCCAGCUGUAGCAGUCUUUAGCCCUCUUUCUGGGGCCACACUCACUCAACCGACGACUAACAGCCGGGCUACUAUCAGGACACCGGUGCAAUUACUCUCCCCUGCCAGUACGACCGGCUCCGGAAGUUCUCCCGCAAGUCGUCGAAUCGAGGCAAACAGAAACUCCAUCUGUCUGCCCUGGUUCACUAGAUUGCUCAGUCGCCGUGGAACUUGGGCUCCUUACAGCACAAGCUUUCCAUGGACAGAGUAUGAAAGCGGCUCAUCUCUGACAUCUCCGCCUAGAGCGACGAACGUUCCGAGCGGAGGAGCAGGACCCCGCCGAUCGGUACAGGCACCAACAUCGUUGAUCCUCGUCCAGAUACCUGACCAUCCCAACGGCUACCAGCUUCUCCGUCCUGCCCAUCCCGUCGCUCCGUUACUCUCGCAAUCCGCCCUGGCCAGCCGGUAUCGUAUCCUCAGUCCGACCGGGCAGACCUUGGGCUUCCUCGCCGAAGAAGAACGAGGGUUCAGCGGGACCCUUCUCCGGCAACUUGCGGGCACCCAUUGGGCCUUCCAGGCCAGCAUUUCCGACUCACUCGGCGUCGAGCUCCUCCGCAUCCGCCGCCCUUUCAGUCUGAUCAACUCGCGCAUCUUCGCCGAGAAUAGUAGUUGGACAGAAAAUCCUCAGGAGCGCGCGAUGGUCGGCGAGAGUCAACAAGAGUUCCACCUCUGGCGCCGCCGCGACAAUCUCUUCGCCCGUCUUGGCCGCUCAGAUGCUGCUCAGGAUGAAGUGCAGCAACCUAUGAGCAAUUCUCCCAUGUCGACGCCGACUCACUUUAGACUGAAAGUGAUUUGUAUCCUACAUAAGGCACAUAACUAUAUUGUGUGA